AAACACUGUUUCUAGAAAAAAAUCAUAAACAAAUUUCUGAAAUUACUUUAAAUUAUUUUACCUUAAACCUGAUUGACAAAAAUAAUUCUAAAGAUUAUAAAGGCAAAAUGAUCAUACCAGUUCGUUGUUUCACAUGUGGAAAAGUGAUUGGAAAUAAAUGGGAAGCUUAUCUAGGAUUACUUCAAGCCGAAUAUACUGAAGGAGAUGCUCUCGAUGCUCUUGGCUUAAAGCGAUAUUGCUGUCGCCGAAUGCUUCUUGGACAUGUGGAUCUUAUCGAAAAACUUCUCAACUACGCUCCUCUCGAACGAUAAGAGAAUUCCUUAAUUCUGUAACAUAAAUUUCUAUUAAUUAAUCAUAAAUAAAAAACCUUGAGAAUUAUUUUUAAGAAAUU